AGUCAUGAGGAGAGUUUCCAGCUCCAGCAGCUGAUGUGUCAACUUUCUCCUUCGCACGCUGCCACAACAUGGGACUUCCACAUCCGUCCUCGAUAUGCUGAAGGACUCAGAGAGGAAAAGCUUGUUCGGCUCGUCACAGAAAAUCGCUUCUGUUUCACAUUUUACACCGAGCUACGGUUUCAUAUCGAAGUGCUGCUAGCCGAAGCAGCUAGCCGAGAAGCUACAGCUAAUCAUCUCCCGGUUACGUUCCCGGUUCAGCCGAGAUGAUUCAGAGGAUUUUCGGCUGAUGAAGCAGCUGGAAGGUCGCGGCUCUUUAUUUCCAGAUAUUUGGAUUGUUUGGACUACAAGGCAAAAAUGAAGAAGCAGUUCAAUCGGAUGAAACAACUCGCCAACCAGACAGUUGGCAGAGCCGAGAAAACAGAAGUCCUCAGCGAUGACCUCUUACAGAUCGAACGGCGCAUGGAGCUGGUGCGAGCUAUAUCCCACAACACACAGAAAAAACUGGUCUUUUGUCUGCAGGGACAGAUAGGCACAGAUGCUGAGAAGAGACAUAAAAAGCUUCCGCUGAUUGCUUUAUCACAGGCGAUGCAAGAUGGCGUCAGUCAAUUAGGGGAGGAGUCUGUUAUCGGAAAAAUGAUGGAGGUGUGUGGUGAGGCAGAGAACAGACUGGCGUCUGAGCUGAUGCAACAUGAGCUUCACAUCGAGAGGGACAUUUUAGACCCACUCAAUCAGUUGGCUGAGGUGGACAUCCCAAAUAUACUCAAACAGAGGAGGCAGCUUGCCAAACUGGUGCUAGACUAUGAUUCUGCCAAAACAAGGUGGUCGCAGGCGACCAAGUCCAUAAUCUCGGGAACAAACACACAAGCUCUGACAGCCAAGGCGGAUUCUCUUAAGGAAGAGAUGGACGAAGCAAUGAACAAAAUGGAGCUGUGCAAGGAUCAACUUUCUGCUGACAUGUAUAAUUUCUCCUCAAAGGAAGGAGACUAUGCGUGCCACUAUGUAACGUUAUUAGAGGCUCAAGCUGAUUACCAUCGAAAAUCACUGGCUGUGCUGGAAAGCGUCCUGCCUACUAUUCAGGCACAGCAAGACUCGUGGACCGAGAAGCCAGCAUUUGGAACAGGCUUGGACGAGCACCUGAAGCGCAGUGGAAGAGAGAUAGCGCUGCCCAUAGAGGCCUGUGUGAUGAUGCUGUUGGAGACGGGCAUGAAGGAAGAGGGCCUUUUCCGAAUAACUGCGGGAGCCUCUAAACUGAAGAAGCUGAAGGCAGCACUGGACUGUUCCACCUCUCAGCUUGAGGAGUUCUACUCCGACCCCCAUGCUGUUGCUGGGGCACUGAAGUCUUAUCUAAGGGAACUGCCUGAGCCUCUUAUGACCUUUCAGCUGUAUGAUGAGUGGAUUCAGGCAUCCAAUAUAUCUGACCCAGACAAAAGGUUACAAGCCUUGUGGGUGACCUGUGAUCAACUACCAAAGAACAACAAAGCAAACUUUAGGUAUCUGGUGAAGUUUCUUGCAAAGCUAGCUCAAGACAGCGAGAUUAACAAGAUGACCCCCAGCAACAUUGCAAUUGUUCUAGGACCAAAUCUGUUAUGGCCAAAAAUGGAGGGGAGCCUAGCGGAGAUGGCAGCUGCUACCUCUGUCCAUGUGGUUAUUAUUAUUGAGCCCAUCAUCCAACAUGCAGACUGGUUUUUCCCUGAAGACGUGGAAUUCAAUGUAUCAGGCAUGUUUUCGAUGCCUGCUCCACCGACCAACCAUGUCAACAAUCUGUCCAUUCCUGACUACGACUCUGGUACAAUAGACAGAAAGAGACCUAACAGCAUGGUGGGACCUGAGAAUGAUUUGGGCAGACGAGACAGCUCUGCUAACAAAUUAAUGGAGCACAAUCACCGUAGAGGCAGUACGCUAACUAGAAAGCCUGCCUUCCAGCCCCCUCUGCCCCCGGUGGAGGCUGUAAGUACUGCAGGAAGCCAGUCUGCAACUGAGCUCCUGCUCCAGCAGCCUUCACCAGAGGGUCUGGGCAUGGAAGUGUGCCAGCCUAGUCUGGCAUUGGGGAUGGCAGCCUUAGCAGCAGCGCAGCAGCUUCUGGCCCAACACACUGAGGAGAUCAGCUCAAAGUCAUGUGACUCGGCAUCCACGCCUCCAGCUCAGAGAAAUGGUAGUGGAGGUUCAUCACAGCUGAAUGUGACUCCUCCGGCAGCGGGAUCAUCAGCACACAGUCCUCACGUGUCACUGAGAGCUAUGAAGAAGCCAGCUCCUGCACCUCCUAAACCAGCCAACCCACCUUCAGGGCAGAUAAGCAGCCAGUCUACUUCACAGCCUACAUGUGGGACUCCUCAAUCCCUGUCUCCAUCUCCUAGACCACUCUCUGCUAAUUCUCCAACCAAUUCGAGUUCCAGCCAGUCAGUAGCUCAACCUAACUCCACACUUCGGCGCCAUUCAAGCAACCAGCCUCCAAUCCAAGCCCCCAGCCAUCCACCUCCAGAGCCUCCUACUCAGGUCACUCCUUCUGCCCAGCAGACAGCUGUAGGCCAAACAGUCGGAGAGACGGGUGAGGAGCCAUCACCACCCAGCACUCCUAGUCCCCCAAACACUCCUCCACCUUUGUCUCCUGAAACCGCAAAUACCAACACCCCACCACAGUUUCAGACUGGCUCCCUGCCUCGGCCUAGGCCGGUGCCUAAACCACGCAACAGACCCACGGUUCCACCUCCACCACAGCCUCAGAGUGCAGCCAGCGACACCACUGACAACGACAUGUGGAGCACUGCAUACAAACUCAUGGAUCCGGGAAUGCAAUUCAAAGGAUUGAAUCGUGCCAUAAUCCCUGACAUUGUCCCAGAUCAGCAGUGUGUCACUCAGCUAAAGGACUCGGACCUGGACACAGAGAGCACCGUUCUAUAAAGAGAAGGACAUGGCUGCUUUAAACCUGUCACCUUUUCCCCACAAACAAAAGACUCUUUAAAAUGCUGCUGUUCUCACCAUUUCACCAAAGAUCUCGUCAGCCUGGCUGCAUUCUUCCAAAGACUCGGACCAUUGGUGGUGUAAGAGAAACAGUGGCAUGGCUCCAAACAGGUUUAAAACAGUCUCUCAUAUUCAAAUGUAACAAGGACCUGGGAAAUUGGGUUUGAGGUACUAUUCUUAAGUGGCCUUAGUUUUUUUUUUUCAAGUGCAGAUUAUGUUAGGUUUGGGAUAAAGGUAAAUAGAAACCGUAUACUGUUUAAAAUGUAGCUUCUGACUGCAGGUUUCCAGUCAGGUAGUGACUUCUAAACUGUCCUACGUCUAUUUUCAUCUACACCUUUCAUCUACACCUACAUUAUGUCAGUAUCUCAGUUUUUUCUAUUUUUCUUUUAAGCGUCUUAUAAUGCCUGUCAUGUUAGUGAAUUAUGCAAUAUAUUACCAAUAUUAUUAUUACAAUAUAAGGUAUAAACAUGUCACGGUUAGUAUUCUGCCUUCAAAGGUUUUUGCUUUUUCCUUUACUUUGGGCAUUGAUGUGAUGAGUCCACAAUGACUAAUUUCACAGCAUAAGCUCAUAUGUGUACAUUAAUUCAGUUAUCUGUGUAUAAAAAGUCUGUCUUUACUGUUUAGCAAACUGUACAAUCGACCAAUUACAAACAGACAAAUUAUAAACCAGAAAGACUGUGACUUGUUGGACAAGAACAUUAACUCUGCUCAACUUUGUCUUACUGAGUUCCAACUACACCAUUUCAUCCUUCCACAGCUGCCCCCUCAUCCAAAAAUGUCUAAAUAAUGUCAAGUAAGACCAUUCUCAACAUUAUGUACUUCUACACUUAGGACGAUUUUUGUAAUAUGUUUGUUCACAGGCCUUGCCCUUACAUUGCUGCCUUACACUGUCUGAAGUUUGGGAAAUGAAGUGAAUUCAAAAGUUUUGAUGGUGUGACAGAGGUGGACACAAUAAAAUGCUUGCUAUUAUUAAGAAUAAUCAAAAAGCAGAUUAACAGCUUCUGUUGGUGUUUUUUAAUUAUGUCUUGGAGGCUCCUUUUACUUGUAAGCUGCACCCUCUUUUGCUGCAUCCUUAUUGCCUUUAUUCUUCUUCAUUUGUCUGCCACAAGAGCCGGUGCUGCGUUGGCCACACAGUUUCUAAUAACACAAACAUCUCCACCAGACUUUUUCUUUUUUUAAAUCUAGCAAGUCCUAACCCUUCAGCACACACAGAACAUACCU